CCUGCUGAAGCUGUACUGAGUCCGACUGCCAAGCGGGCUUGGUCAGGUGCUUGGAGAACCCACGACGACGUAAACUUUCCCUUGGAAACAUCGAUAAACAUAUUUUUUAUAUUUUACCUAAGAAAAACAAACACCUAGACCAUGCUUAGACGGAUUCUCCAAAUGACUCCUGGGAAAGGAGGUUCCCAGAACUCUGAGUCUGACCAGCCCAGUUCUGACCUCAACAGUGACCAGACCUCUGAGGGAUUCAUCUGCCCUCAGUGCAUGAAGGCCCACAACUCAGCAGAAGAACUGUUCAAGCACUAUGAGUUGUUCCACGAGGCGGGAGACGCUCCCACACACCUGGGCCCUGGCCGGGACGACCUCAUGCUGCUUCGACAGGAGCUACAGGAUCUGCAGGCCUCACUCAAGGAGGAGCGUUGGUUCUCUGGGGAGCUUAAGAAGGAGCUGGACAAAGUUCAAGGACAACUGAAGCAAGGUGACGGCCAGCCAGGCUCAGACGAUGCAGCCCUGGAGCUGAAGCUGAACGAGGCAGAGACGGAGAAGUUCAACAUCAAACAGAUGAAAGACCUGUUUGAGCAGAAGGCUGCCCAGCUGGCCACGGAGAUAGUGGAGAUCAAGUCUCGCUACGACGAGGAGAAGAGCAGAAGAGAAGCUGCCGACCAGAGGCUGGCCAGCCUGACCCAAGACCUGCAGGGAGAGAGGCAGGAGAGGGAGAGGCUCCACACAGAACUGUGGAUAGAGCUGCAGCGGCCGGGGGUGGAGGACGUGGAGGUGCUGCAGAGGGAGCUGGUGCAGGUGCAGACGCUGAUGGACAGCACGACGCGCGAGCGCGAGGAGGAGGCGGAGCGCCUGAGGGGACACUACGAAGAGCUCCAGGCCAGCUACACCACCUCCCAGACCACCGUCUCCCAGCUGAAGGCGGAGCUGGACAAGGGUCCCCAGGAGACGGCAGUCUACACCCAGCAGGUCCACCAGCUCCAGAGCUCUCUCAACAACCUGCAGCAGCAGAGCCAGACCCUGUCCGAGAAGCUGCUCCGCCGGGAGAAGGAGAACCAGGAGCUGGAGGAGGGCCUGGCGGCCGAGCAGAGCGCCAAGAAGGCCGCCCAGGCCUCGCUGCAGCAGAGGGAGGCGGAGCUGCAGGAGGCGCAGGGGCGGGCGGCGUCGGGCGAGGCCGCGCUGCAGAGGGCCCAGGCCGAGCUGGGGGAGCGGGGCGAGGAGGCGGGGCGGCUGAGGAGGGAGCUGGGCGAGGUGGAGGCGAGGCACGGCGAGCUGAGGGCGGAGAGGAAACUGCUGCUGCAGCAGCGGGAGGAGAGGGAGAGCCAGGGAGCUCAGCUGCAGGGCGAGGUCGCACAGCUCCACGCCAGGCUGCUGGAGGCGGAGCGUCAGCUGGGGGAGGCUGACGGCCGGCUGAAGGAGCAGAGGCAGCUCUCUGGGGAGAAGCUGAAGGACCGCGAGCAGCAGGUGGCCGAGCUGCAGCUCAAACUAGCCCGCUCAGAGGAACUGCUGAAGGAGAACACCAGUAAGAGCACAGACCUGCAGCACCAGCUGGAGAAGGUCAAGCAGCAGAACCAGGAAGUGCAGACACUCCAGCAGACAACCAAUGGGAAGCUGCGAGAGGCCCAGAACGACCUGGAGCAGGUCCUGCGUCAGAUCGGGGACAAGGACCAGAAGAGCCAGAACCUGGAGUGUCUGCUGCAGAAGAGCAAGGAGAGCGUGGUGCAGCUGGAGACGCAGAGGGAAGACCUGUGUGCCCAGAUCCAGGCCGGCCAGGGGGAGACCGCCCUGCUGCACCAGCUGAAGGACAAGAACCACGGACUACAGGAGCAGGUGACCCAGUUGACGGACAAGCUGAAGAACCAAUCGGAAAGCAACAAGCAGGCCCAGGACAACCUCCACAAGGAGGUGCAGGAGCAGAAGGGGCUGCUGCGGGCGUCACAGGACCGGGCCCAGGCCCUGGAGAGCGCCCUGGGGGAGACCCAGGCCCAGCUGGCCCAGAGCAGGGAGAAGCUGGCCCAGCUGGACACACAGCUGAAGGCCAAGACGGAGAUGCUGCUGUCCGCCGAAGCUGCCAAGACCGCCCAGCGAGCCGACCUCCAGAACCACCUGGAAACGGCCCAGCAUGCACUGCAGGACAAGCAGCAGGAGCUGAGUAAGAGCCAGGGCCUGGUGGAGCAGCAGGGCAGGAGGCUGCAGGAGCGUCAGGAGCAGGCCGCCCAGCUGGAGGCCGCUCUGAAGGAGGCCAGGGAGCGGCUCCUGGCCUCGGAGCAGCACGUGGAGCUCCUGGAGACCCAGACCAAGAAAGCGGAUGCUCAGGUGGUGGAGCUGCAGGCGGGGAGGGAGAAGGCUCAGCAGAAGUUGGCCAAGGUCCAGAAGGAGGCGUCAGAGGUCAGGGGGAAGGUGAAGGAGCUGAGCAGUCUGCUCGACACGGAGAAGGCGGGGGCCAAGGCACUGCAGGAGGAGCUGACCAGGAAGACUUCGUCCCUGGGAGAGAGCCGGCAGGAGCUGGAGCGCGGCGAGCAGGAGAAGGGCGCCCUGAAGGCCCAGCUGGAGCAGCUGGCCCAGGAGGGGCAGGCACGGCAGGCAGAGCUGGGCAGGAGCGUCCAGGCCUCGACCGCCGAGCUCCAGAGGAGCCAGAAGGAGAUGGAGGUCCAGGGGAAAGAGCUGGCCCAGGCCAAGGACGGCGUGGCCAAGGCCUCCAAGGCCCUGAAGGACAACCAGAGCCUCCUGGAGAAGGAGAGGAGGAGCACCAAAGCUGCCUUGGAGGAGAAGGACAAGGCCCAUGAGCAGGCCAGGCAGGAGAUGCAGAAGACCCUGGAGGCGUCGUCCAGGCAGCUGACAGAUCUCCGAGCCCAGCUGGAGAAGGCUAGCGAGACAGAGGCAGGGCUGAGAUCCCAGUUGGCCGGGGCGACAGAGCAGCACACCAGCACCCAGCAGGCCCUGACGGAGAGACAGAAGCAGACGCAGGAGUUGCAGGCCCGUCUGAAGACAGCCCAGGGAGCCCUCGCCCAGGAAAGGACCAAACUGGAAGGCCAAGUGACCGAGCUGCAGGGAGCCAUGGCCAAGAAGACGGAGGAGGGCGCUCUGCUGAGGGAGCAGGUGUCUGGGCUGGACCAGGAGCUGGGCUCUGAGAAGGCGAGGGCGGCGGAGCUGCAGCGAGCCCUGGAGCAGAGCCAGGAGACCCUGGCCUCGGUGCAGUCCCUCUGCUACGGCAAGGAGUCGGAGGCCUCGGCCCUGAGACAGGACCUUCAGACUGGUGAGAAGAAGCUAGCCCAGUCCCUGGAGGAGUUGGCAGCAAACCGGACCCAGCUGAGCGGCCUGGAGGCCCAGGUCCUGGAGCUGAAGAAGAGCCGGACCGCCCUGGACAUGGACCUGGGCCAGAGGGACGAGAGGCUGCAGCAGCAGGCCGACAGCCUCCAGGAGCUGCAGAAACUACAGGGCGAGACCCAGGAGCAGCUGCGGGGGGAGAGGGUGCGCGUGGAGGAGCUGAGCCAGGCCAGGAGCUCCCUGGAGAAGGACGCCAGCCGACUGACCUCCGAACUCAAGGCUUUGGGGGAGAGGAGCGAGAAGGAGCUGAGGGAGCUGCGGGAGGCCAAGAAGCUGCUGAUCCAGCAGAAGCUGGAGGCUCAAGGCCAGGUGGAGGCAGCCCGUGCUGCCGUGGAGCAGGAGCAGAAAGACCACCAGGCCACCAGGGGCAGCGUCGAGCAGAGAGAGGAGGAGCUCCGCGCUCAGACCAGGGAGGCGCAGGCUCAACUGGCCUUGCAGCGGCAGGCACAGGAAGAGCAGGCGCGGCGCGGCGAGGAGGCGGAGGCCAAGCUGGGCCUGCAGGUGACGGCGCUGAACGAGAACGUGGCCACGCUGAAGAGGGAGUGGCAGGGCAGCCAGCGGCGGGUGGGCGAGCUGGAGAAGCAGACCGACGAGCUGAGGGGGGAGAUCGCCGUGCUGGAGGCCACCGUGCAGAACAACCAGGACGAGAGGAGGGCCCUGCUGGAGCGGUGUGUUAAAGGGGAAGGAGAAAUGGAGAAGCUCCAGACCAAGGUGCUGGAGAUGAGGAGGAAGCUGGAUGAUACGACAGCCGCCAUGCAGGAGCUGGGCAGGGAGAACCAGUCGCUGCAGAUAAAGCAGUCCCAGUCCCUAACCAGGAAGUGGGCGGAGGAUCACGAGGUGCAGAAUUGCAUGGCUUGUGGGAAGGGCUUCUCAGUCACUGUCAGGAAGCACCACUGCAGACACUGUGGGAACAUCUUCUGUGGAGAGUGCUCAGGACGGAACGCCUUCACCCCCUCCUCCAAGAAGCCUGUGAGGGUGUGUGAGAUCUGCUUUGAGGAACUCCAGGGAUGAUGUCACACGCCAUCCCACAACCCCCCUGUCCCCAUCCCCACCCCUCCCCUUCCUCGCCACGCUCCUGAACAGUCUGGUCACAGUGUUUCAUCAUUGUUUUAGCGCUGGCUGAGGGAUAGUCUGGGAAUACCCCUCCCUCCCUCCCCACCCACCACCCACCACCUGGGGGCCUCCCUCGCUCACCCUGUGGGGUUGGGGGUGAGGGUAGAGGGCAGCCCAGCACAGAGGACUCUCCAGGGCAUCGGGGGUGAGAGGGUCUGUGCAGUGCCUUCACUGCUGGUCAGCCAUGCCAGGGCGGCCAGAAAGAGGUGACGUCCCUCCAUUCACCUCUCCUUUUUCGGUGGACAUCUCGCUAUCUUGAUUUGGUGUUGGCAGGGUGAGCGAGGCUGGGCAGGGGAGGCAGGGGAGCGAGGCGUUAAGUGUAUGUCAGGCAGAGAGGUUAGGGCAGGUUGAAGCAGGAGUCUGAAAGUAAAAAGCUGGUUUUCUGAAAGUCAUUACGGAUGUUGAAGUGAUGUUCAUUAAAGGAGGGGGGAUUUAGUCCAGUUCAUGACCAAAGAAUGUAUGCAAAGUCUGAGGGUGGAGACUAAACUGGAAACCUUCGUCCUAUUUUUAUUGUUGGUAAAUGCUUUUUAUUUUUUAGAUUAUGAUUUAAAGGUUUUACAUUUGAUCAUGAGUUGUCAGAUAUGUGACAGGUAUUUAUUUUUAAUUUUGUUUGCAGCGCAACUCAUAGUUGUACAACAUUGAAUGAAUUUUUGUUUUUAGAGCUUCUUCUUCGUGUGUGGAGGAGGUGCACGUCCACCUGUCUUCUUCAUGUGUGGAGGAGGUGCACGUCCACCUGUCUUCUUCAUGUGUGGAGGAGGUGCACGUCCACCUGUCUUCUUCAUGUGUGGAGGAGGUGCACGUCCACCUGUCUUCUUCAUGUGUGGAGGAGGUGCACGUCCACCUGUCUUCUUCAUGUGUGGAGGAGGUGCACGUCCACCUGUCUUCUUCAUGUGUGGAGGAGGUGCACGUCCACCUGUCUUCUUCGUGUGUUGAGGAAGUGCACGUCCACCUGUCUUCUUCGUGUGUUGAGGAAGUGCACGUCCACCUGUCUUCAUGUGUGGAGGAGGUGCACGUCCACCUGUCUUCUUCGUGUGUUGAGGAAGUGCACGUCCACCUGUGUCCGUGCAACAUAGUGACCAUGCCUGGAGCUGUCUGCACUCUGCUGCAAAGCAAUAACUGUGUGUGUGUGUGUGUAUUAUAUAUAUAUACACAAUAUAUAUAUAUAUAUAUGUGUGUAUGCACGUGUGAGAGAAUGGCUUGUGUGCGUGCUGCUAAACCUAGGCGAGGGAGAUGUCUGUUCUAAUGCAGGGCAGUUGGGUUUAACUGUCUCCGACCUGUAAAAUUUAUCACUGAGAACACUGUACAAAUUAAUUUCUCGUGACCGUGUCCUACCUGCUGUCAAACUGUCAGCUUCAGAGCAAACAAGGCGUGCGAUCGAAUGAGGGGAUGAGGUGUACUGUAGUUAUGGCAACGAGAGGGGGGGGGGGGGGGGCUCUGCCAGUGUGCGCAUCCAACAAACAGGCGGUCACCAACAUAGUUAUGGGUUGCCACUGCCCAUCCGGGCUCAUUUGUAGUCCUACCUCAGACUGUCACUGAAGCAGGGAAGCCUGAAGGAUGAUGCCAGUCUUCUGUCCUGUCAAGUCUGCCAGAGGAGGAGCCUCCUGGAGUAUUAUCAAAUGUGAGGGAACACACGUCGACACGCCAAGCUGUGUCGACCAAUCCUGGACCUCGCGAAUGACGCCGGCGGACCAAUUAGGAGCGCUCCUCUCAGACCAGUGCUGACCAGUCACAGAGCUCGUCUCUGUUUGUGCCAUAGGGGAUAAAGGUGAACAGACACAGCACCACUGUCCACGAGUCUGUGCAGUGCAUCUUCACGACACGUGGCUUCUGUCCCGCUCACCUAAAAACAAGGCUCUUGUAAUUCAUGUUUUUAACUGUAAAGAGAUAUGUAUGAGAUGUGUAAACCCUUGUGCAUAAAUGUUGACAGCAAACGUACGAAAAAAACAACAAAAAAACAAAUGUCUUACAACUUUAAGGAACAACACCAUACGACACUAAAUUGUGGCUUGUUUCACUUUGAUGUCAGCUGUUGUGCAUGUGUCAGUUGGCUUUAGAUCUCUGUCUCCUGGGAGGGUUUGUGGUUCUGUGGGUGUGCCUUAUGCCAAGCUGUGGGGGGGGUCCAGCUCUGGCCCCCAGGGAGGCUGCGGGGGGGGGGGGGGGGGGGGGGGGGGGGGGGGGGGGGGGCUAGACGGCUCUAGGGACAACCCCCCCCUUCCCCCAACUGAACAGAAGAAAAGCGAAGUCAUGUAAUCCACGAUGCACCAGAUGUAUAAUUUGUUUGCUAAUUUUUCCAUGAAGACUUAACAAUUAAUAAAACAUGUAAAAUGUUGGCAAAAAGCCA